GAGGCAGGGGCGGCCCCCUCGGCGCAGCCGCGGUCUCCGUGUCGGUCUGUCCGUCUGUCCGGUGUGUCCGUCGGUCUGUCUGUCCGCCGCCAGCAUGCCGCGGGAGUUCGAGCUGUGCCCCGGGCGGCGGGUGGGCGGCGACCAGCCCUGCUUCAUCAUCGCCGAGAUCGGGCAGAACCACCAGGGCGACCUGGACAUCGCCCGCCGCAUGAUCCGCAUGGCCAAGGAGUGCGGAGCAGACUGCGCUAAGUUCCAGAAGAGCGAGCUGGAGCACAAAUUCAACAAGAAAGCCCUGGAGAGGCCCUACACCUCCAAGCACUCCUGGGGAAAGACCUACGGGGAGCACAAGCGCCACUUGGAGUUCAGCCAUGACCAGUACAGAGAGCUCAAGAAAUACGCCGAGGAAAUUGGGAUUUUCUUCACGGCGUCUGGCAUGGAUGAGAUGGCUGUGGAGUUUCUACAUGAACUGGAUGUUCCAUUUUUCAAAGUAGGAUCAGGAGAUACAAACAAUUUUCCGUAUUUGGAAAAAACUGCAAAGAAAGGACGCCCAAUGGUGAUUUCCAGCGGGAUGCAGUCGAUGAACACCAUGCACCAGGUUUAUCAGAUUGUGAAGCCCAUCAAUCCAAACUUCUGCUUCCUGCAAUGCACCAGUGCCUACCCGCUUCAGCCAGAGGAUGUCAAUCUCCGUGUUAUAUUGGCCUAUCAGUCAGCUUUUCCUGAUAUCCCCAUUGGAUACUCGGGGCAUGAAACUGGCAUUGCCAUUUCAGUGGCGGCUGUAGCUAUGGGUGCAAAAGUAGUGGAACGCCAUGUGACUCUUGACAAAACGUGGAAAGGAAGUGACCACCAAGCAUCCCUGGAGCCAAAUGAACUGGCAGAGUUGGUGAAAGCCAUCCGUACUGUGGAAAAAGCAAUGGGUUCUCCAAUUAAACAACUCCUGCCUUGUGAAAUGGCUUGCAAUGAAAAGCUGGGGAAGUCUGUUGUGGCGAAGGUGACAAUUCCUGAAGGCACCGUACUGACCCUUGACAUGCUGACAGUGAAGGUGGGAGAGCCUAAGGGAUUUCCUCCAGAAGCCAUCUUUGAUCUGGUGGGCCAGAAGGUUAAAAGGCAUAUUGAAGAAGAUGAAACCAUCACUGAGCAGGCAGUAGAAAAUCACGUCAAGAAAGUAAAGUGCUAAACCAAAGUACUCUGUUACACAUUUCAUGACGUAGGACUGCCCUACUGCACAACAUAUUUAAGUAUAGCAGCAUGGUAGAUUAGAAGAAAGGAUCCAAGCAGAUUAUAAUUUUCCAGAUCCAGUAGCAGGAAGUUUUUUCAGCAAGGGGAUAUAAAUUAUGAAAAGCAAUUUUUAGAAACUGUGUUAUCAGUGCGUGUAGAAAACACCAUACUCCUUUUCCAUUCCACUUAACCUAGAUUAUUUCGGAGUUUUGCCAAAUCAGAGACCAAGGUCUGCUGCUUUCCAGUUUGCCUUUUCUGGUAAGAAUACACUAAAUCCUAAUUAUUUUUCUGCACUUCGAAUUGUCAUGGCGCUGUCGUUUGAUGUUUCCCUCUCUCUUCCAUCAUUUUCCUCAUCCCUGCAAAAAUAGGAUGCUAGUUGGAGUUAAAUGCAGAGAAGUGCAGGGUUACAUAAACUUAACAGAAAACUUUACACAUACAACCCGAUGGAUUUUUCUCAAGGUGUGUCUUAAGAUUUAAGAAGAAGUCUCAAGAUAAAUGGUUUGCAGGAACCUGCCUAAGGAAUAGAGGUGGACAAAGUUGAAAAGAAGCAUCACAGUGAAGGGAGAUAAUUUUCUAUUCAGUAAUGCCACUGUAGGAAAAAAACAUCUUGAGAAAACUAGAUUCCAGCAUGGCCAUACUGUCUCAAGAGACAGUUCCAAGAAAUGUAGUAAAUUGGAUGGGUAGAAAGCCCCCAUCUAACAGGCAGAGCCUUUUUUGUACUUUUUGUGAACUAAAAGGCAAGAAAGCAAGCUGGACAAGUUAAGGGGAAAAAUCAGUCCAAGAUGAUCAGUGGAAAUAAGUUUAAUCAAUGCAUCCAGAAAUUGGCAAAAGCAUCCACCGUCAGCUGACUGAAUCCUGGCAUCCUAAUGAUUUUUGCAGUUCAUUUGGGUAUUUCUAUUUGUAUUUGGGGCAACUUCUCACGCUGGUAAAGAUUCAGCAGCCUCCUUGCUGGACUAAUAAGCAAAGGCACUGAACUGGGAUUUUUGUUUUCCCACUCAUUGCUCUUUGAAACAGCUGAGGUUGGCUGCCUGACUAGAUCACAUCACUGACUAGAUCACAGCAUGACAGUCCAUACUCCUCCAUCCACUCCACCCUUCCAUCACAGCCUCUUACUUUUCACGUAAGAAGUGCAGUUCCUCUCCCCAGUCGCCUGCAGCCCUUACCUUUGUCCAGGAAGGAUCUGCACGGCAGCAGGUACAAUGCAUCUCUCAGCUAGCUUGGGUCGGCACAAAGCCACCUUGUUGUAAGUUGUCUGCAUUUGUCCGUGACAGAACCAUUUACUAGUUACGGUUAUUUGGAACUUGCUACCUCUUGGUUAUGAAUUGGUGAAGUAUUUUGAAUUUGAUGAUUGUGUUUCUGUACCUGUGAGCAGUUUACUCUCAAAACGUUUACCCUGCUGCAGUUCCGAGGAGACUGUAGUCCUGUAUUUGAAGUGGAGAGAAGAGGUCUUUGAAUCCUGUGCUUGUGACAGUCUGUGAGCUCUGAUUGAUGCAGUAUGCUUGCCUUACAUUAAGAAACAACUCAAUUGUUAAAAGAUCUUUUUUUAAUGGCAAUUUUAAAAAAUAAAUUGAGCUUCUAAAACAA